GAUGUUUGUAAUUUAGUUUUUCGACGUUCCGAACUUUAAGUUAAAGUGCGUGUAGUUUGAUAGUUAAUGAUUCAUUUCAAAGCAAAGAUGGAAACAGUGUGCGGUUUUUGAAAACAUAAAUCAGAAAGUUGAAUGUCUGAGGGAGUCAGUGUUAUCCUUUGUUUGCAUUUUGCUCGUUUAUAUAAAACUUCCUUUUUCGACGGAUGCUCACAAGUCAUUGCGGUUCGUCUAGUAUACGGUCGGAUUUAUUGUUGUCGGGAGUAUUAAAAUAAUAUCGAGCACGUGCUAUCUGUAGUUAGAUUGUUCUUGUUAGAAAAUUAUCUACCUCGUUUAGCUAGCUCUUGAUGACAGAUCAAUACUGACUCAGCCAAACAAAAUAUGUUGCUGUCGCUUGUGACGCUUUCGCUGUCGAUGCUGUUCGCCCGAUGCACUUCGACUUUGACGUCAUAUGAAGAUGCCAUUCAAAACGGCGUCUACAACAUGAGUCAGCCAACCGAGACAUUGUUCCAAAUGUUCAAAGACACUCAUGAACGGAAAUAUGACAGUUUAUCAGAGGAGGAGAAACGACGUCAGAUAUUUGCUGAUAACAUCAGGUAUAUAAACAAACACAACGCCAAGUACGCCAUCAAAGAGUCGACGUACUAUCUCGGGAUCAAUCAGUUUACAGACAUGACUUAUGAAGAAUUUGCUAAACAAUUUGCCAAUCUUCAAAACGAAGAUAUUUGGACAGGGAAUGUGUCCAUUUUUCUUCCGCCAGAAAAUUAUCCAGCGCCAUCUUCAGUUGAUUGGAGACAAAAGGGAUAUGUGACGCAAGUCAAGGACCAAGGAAAAUGCGGUUCAUGUUGGUCAUUUGGUGUUACUGGUACCAUCGAAGGUCAGCUUGCCCGGCAAACUGGAAGACUUGUCCCACUGAGUGAACAACAACUCAUUGACUGCUCUAGACGGUACGGAAACAAGGGGUGUAAAGGAGGAUACACUGGUAGAACUCUUCAGUAUGUCAGCGACCAGCCGGGCAUAGAAGGCGAGGCGGACUAUCCAUACAGAGCAGGGGACUCCUACCCCUGUUCAUUUACCAAGAGCAAGGUAAGGGCCAUCAUUCGUGGAUACUAUACAGUCAAUCCAGGCGAAAAGAAUCUGGAGAUCGUCACCGCCUCAGUGGGGCCUAUCUCUGUUUCCAUGUACGUCAACAGGAACUUCCAGCACUAUCAUGGAGGGAUUUUCUACGACCCAUCCUGUGCCAAAACUUCGAUUGGACGCCACGCCGUGCUAGUUGUGGGCUUCGGAUCGAGCCCCUCCAACUACUGGCUCGUGAAGAACUCCUGGAGCUACAUGUGGGGUGAAGCGGGCUACAUAAGGAUGGCCAAAAAUAGAAACAACAUAUGCGGUAUUGCUUCGAAAGCAGUGUUUCCACGUAUGUGAACGGAACAGUGCACUUUCUUAAUGAAUAACGCUAUUAGCGUUGUCUGGACAAAUCAAGGCCAAAAGCAAUAUUGCAUAGAUUACACUUUGUUGGUUUUCAUUUUGAAAAAGACAUAGUAGCCGUAUUGAUAAUGCGAAUUCGAUUUGUACCUUUCUUUCGUUUCUUUUCAUUAAAUCACACUGUUACUAACAA